CCAGAGUGAGAAGGCGGUUUUGAGGUUGGGAAAAAGUAUUACUCGGACACACAGAGACAGAUACAAAACGAAACUGUAUUAUAUCGGAGGCUUCUGAAUUCCCUCUAGAAGAAUGGGGCAAUUACGGUUUCAGCAACUCCGAACACCUCAUUCUUCAUGCAAUCUCAUUCCCAUGGCUUCUUUUUCCCGUCCAAUAAAAAUUCCUACUCUUCCAGUACCUCACCCCAUCUCUUAUACUCGAAGACUCACCAGACCCAAUAAAGCCCUCCAUUCUCACCCUCUUUCCUCUGCCGCUCGAUCCCACAUCGUAUGCAAGAUGAACGGUUCAGAUAUGAUAUCACAGCUGGAACUCGGGAAGCCCGAAGAGAGAAGAAAGCCGGAGAGACGUGUUAAUGGGAUUUUCUGGAUUAUACUCCUUAAUAUUGGAAUAUAUGUGGCGGAUCACUUUUUUCAGGUUCGCAGCAUUAAAAGUCUGUACUUGUACCACAAUUGGCCUGCUUGGUAUCAGUUCCUGACAGCAACAUUUUGUCAUGCCAAUUGGAACCAUCUUUCAAGCAACCUUUUCUUCCUGUAUAUUUUUGGAAAGCUUGUUGAAGAAGAGGAGGGGAGUUUUGCACUGUGGCUUUCUUACAUUCUUACAGGCAUUGGAGCAAACCUUGUUUCAUGGCUGAUUCUACCCAGGAAUGCUGUUUCUGUUGGGGCCUCUGGUGCUGUUUUUGGGUUGUUUGCAAUCAGUGUGCUUGUAAAGAUGUCCUGGGACUGGAGGAAGAUUCUUGAAGUGCUUAUAUUGGGCCAAUUUGUUAUAGAAAGGGUUAUGGAAGCAGCCCAAGCUUCAACGGCCAUUUCAGGCACCUUCCGGGGUGGAAACUCAAUGCAAGGUGUCAAUCACAUUGCACAUCUUUCUGGUGCUCUUGUUGGUGUUGUUCUUGUAUGGCUUCUCAGCAGAGUUCCUUCUCAGCAUCCAGAGGGAGAAGUAUCGACUCUGGAGAGGAAAAAAGGCAGAAUACAAUAAACAACAUAAACAAUUCUAUUUUGUAUUUUUCAUGAUGUUUAUAUCCAUGGAGUUCUGAU